UUCAUAUUUUGUAGUAUAUAACUUGUGUCACGUAUCAUUAGUCACUCUAUUAAACUGAAUAUGGCAUAAGCAUGCCGAAACAUGUCUUUAAAAACUGUUGUACGUUUUAUGCAAUAUUUAUCAUUAUUGCUAGUAUUAUGACUAGUUUAUAUGUUAACGUUACUCCCAGUAAUAUACUUUUGUUUUUCUGUUGUACUGAUAAAACUUAUUUUAACCUGUAGUUUUUUUUUUUGUAAAGUAAAAUUGAAACCCGGAAAAAGGAACUGUUGCUCAAGAAAAAUACAAAUUUCCCCGAAACCCCAAAUCCCUUAGCCCCAGCUCCCAUUUCUCCUCCGCUCUGUUUCUCAUUCGAAACAAUAUGGCGGACCACAACAGUGGAAGUUGUAUGCUUGAGCAAGCUUCGUCUGUCUCUGCAGAACAGCGUGAUGAAGCUGCCAACAAAGCCGAUGAAGGCUGUAAAAAGGUUUUUAACUUCGAACUUUCGCGUGAGACGUGUUUGAUGUGUGGACUUGAACAUGAUAGCCCAGAAUUCGGACCAUACUGCGCGAUAUGCCACGACUUUUUGUACCCGAAUGUGUUGCUUGUUUGCGAAAGAGAAACCGAAAGCAUGGAUUUUGCAACGUCCGGAGAAACUACAUCGUCAGAAUGUACCGUGUCUGAGAGCAAAGAAAGUGUUGUUUACUGUGGAGGUGUUCCAGAAUCAGAAGAUAGCGGUUGUGAGAGUGAAAGUGAAACUACUUCGGCAAACGAUCCUGCUGACCGGCUUGACUCCACUUCAAUGUCAAGAUUCAAACUUCCGUAUUUAUCACUUUAUGAACGGGUCAGAUCACCGAACUGCAUAGCUAAACGGCUCGCAAAUGAGCUAAAUUUCGUCGAAGAAGAUUUGUUUGGGACAUUACCUCCAGAAAUACUCCUCAUGAUAUUUUCCUUUUUGGAUGAUAUAUCACUGUGUAUGGUGGGGCAAGUUUGUCAGUGGUGGCACGAAUUAGCAGGCGAAAGUGACGAGUGGAAGAAGCAUGUACUUGCCAGAUGGCCUUUGUUUACACCAGACAAUUCUAUCAAAUCAUGGCAGAAACUCUACAUAAAGAUGUUAGAAGGUGUCACCUGCAGAAGGUGUUUUGAACAAGGAUGUGUUCAACAUUCUCCUGAAGACAACCUUGUUAACACAUGGAGGAACAAAAGACUAAAAAGUGAACUGAAAGGACUGCUCAUGGAUCCCCCAGAGGGUAUCCGGGCGUGUCCAUUAGACAAUAGUUUAUCCUAUUGGCAAGCAUCAAUAAAGGGUCCUCCUGAAUGUCCGUAUGAGGGGGGCUUGUUCUUUCUUCACCUGGAAAUUCCUAAAAGUUACCCCAUGAGGCCACCCAUUCCCAAAUUCAUCACAAGAAUUUUCCAUCCCAAUGUCAGUUACCAUGGUGAUAUCGGUAUGGAUAUGCUGAGGCACAACUGGAGUCUGGCGCUUACAAUACCCAAGGUGUUGGUCAGCAUUCAAUCACUGUUGACAGAUCCGUAUUGUGAAAUAUCUAUGGAACCUGAAAUUGCUCAGUUAUGUGACAGUGACAGAGAAGAAUUUGAUAGGAUAGCCAGGGAAUGGACUGUAAAAUAUGCACAAAUGUAUAUGACUUGUUGAUUUACAAAAAUCAAUGUCCAGU